AUGACAGAAAAGAAAAUAAUAUUACUAGUUGGUAGAACCGGAGGUGGUAAAUCAACCUUAGCCAAUGUAUUAAGCGGGAAGGAAAAUGCCUCGGCAGAAAGUGAAAACUCGGCCAGUAAGACUAAAGAGAUUCAAGAAAUAGAGUUCGAUUUCAAACAUGAAGGAAAAGAAUAUAAAAUAGAAACUUACCAAAUAGUUGAUAGCAUCGGAAUUGGUGAUACUAGAUUAACCCAGGCACAAGUACUAUCUGAAAUAUCGAAA